AUGGCGACAGUUGUGGUACAGCAGCAACAGACCCUGCGACAUUCGACCCCUCCUCCGUCGGGAUUGUCCCCCGCAUUGAGUCUGAACAGGACCUCGUCGCCCAUCCCGAAUAAGCAUUUGCCCGUUUGCCCUACGGGGCCAUCCCCUAUCUCGCCUCAUGCACCAUCUCCAGCGACGAGAGACACCAGCAGUGAUCAGACCUCUUCGCUGCUCUACCCACCCGACGCAUUCCGACGGGUGCCCUCAACGUCGUUCUACUCGAUUGACCUCAAAUCUUUCACUGCUGCUCUGGCCUACUGGGCAGCGCAGCCCCUGCCGGAUCCGUCUCAGGUCUUUCCAUGGCUUCACGGACUUAACCCGGAGAACCAUCUGCAGGUGGGGUUCUUCACAAAUCGAAGGCGCUCUCUUCGUCGGACUCCGAAAUGCUGGCGGGGCAUUACCAUAAUCAAAGUCGGCGGCGAUCUGACCAGAGCAAGGAUAAAAGGCGCAGUGUCUCCCGAGGAGGUCCUUGCGCCAUCGGGCGUGGAAUUCAUUCCAGUUGACCCGCGAGAAGGGUUCUCAGUGCGCAACUUCCAGAUACAGACCGCGAAGCUGGCACCGUUGUCUGACAUUAUCGUAUAUGGCGAGGAUGGUGUAACUCAACGGCAGGUUUUGGAUAUUGCUGGAAGAAUGGCACUAGCGCAGUACACCUGGAGGAUAAAGAACGACCCAGACCAGAGCAUGCCUACUUACAAUACCUUCGUCCUUGCCUCUCCCUUUUCAGAGGUUGAAAGGAGAUAUCCGGAGCUGGUGGCCAUUAACUCCAACGGGCAGCUGACGGGCCAGGUUGUCGAUUUCUUUCAAUGGGAACGGCUGGAGAUGUGUGAGAUGUCCCAAGCAUCCGAGAUCUCAUCGAAUGUCUGGUUAGGCCCGACGCCUGACCAUUUAUUGCGUCCUGGGUCUUGCGGGCCCGCACCUACCGAUAAUUACGAUCUUUUAAUCGAGGCUAGCGAGCUCGCGAACAUCCCCGGUCCACGUUUUCUGGCAAAUAUCAACAGGCAGCUCGAUGACGGUCCGCAAAAGCUUGAAUUCCCUUCAUCCGGCGCAAUUCUUCUGCCGUCGGGCGAGACCAGAGAGAUUGAUGAUCUAGUUAACACGGUCCGCUGGAUGUACUACACAGCCAACCCUGAUGAGCCAGAUCACAAGGCCGAUGCUGAUGGAGAUAUCUCCAUGACCCCUGUGAAUAAGAAGGCCCGCAAGAUCCUGAUCCACUGUCCCGAUGGAUACACCGAGAGCUCCUUGCUGGCGAUCGCAUAUGUGAUGUUCGCGGAGGGGAUUACCGCUCCUAAUGCCUGGCUUAGGCUUCAUUGCGAGAAGAAGCGGAACUUCUUCGCUUACCCAUCCGACAUCCAGUUAAUGAGCACCGUGCAAGGGAGACUACUACAGGAAAGCCCCGCGACGCGAUCACAUAAAAUAAAGAGUCUCCCUGAUCCUGCUUGGUUCGGGUAUUGCGACGGUUCUCUCCCAAGCCGGAUCCUGCCUUACAUGUAUUUGGGCAAUCUAUCCCACGCCAACAACCCCGAAAUGCUCUGUGCUUUGGGUAUCAAGCGGAUCCUCAGCAUAGGCGAAACUGUGGCGUGGAGCAGCGCUGAGGCCAAGAUGGAUCCUAAGAAUGUCAUGCACAUAACUCAGGUCCAAGACAAUGGCAUCGACCCCUUGACUCAGGAAUUCGAUCGCUGCCUGGAAUUCAUCCGACAAGGAAAAUCCGACGGGAUGGCUACAUUAGUCCAUUGUAGAGUGGGCGUCUCACGCUCAGCGACUAUCUGCAUCGCCGAAGUCAUGGCAUCUAUGGGUCUUUCUUUCCCCAGAGCAUACUGCUUUGUUCGGGCAAGAAGGCUCAACGUUAUCAUCCAACCCCACCUUCGAUUUGUAUAUGAGCUACUUAAAUGGGAGGAAUUACAAUUACAAAAGCGGAACAAGCCCGCAAGGAGAGAAUUAGAGUGGGCCACUGUGGCUCGCGAGAUCGCAUUGAUGAACAAACCAUAUUCCAGGUAG